CAUUUGAACCACAAUACUGGAACAUUUCUCUGAUGUAAGUUGUGCCAUUUGGGCUAUUUUUGGAUUCCUAAUGGGGCUGUGUGCAAGUGGUUGGUAAACAACAACACUUGGAAUGGUCCCAAUUACUAGCAAGUGGACAUAUUCCUCAAGAACCAUGUCGUGGUUCUGACUCGUGGGCAUAUGGGAGCUUUGAGCGUGGAACACUAGCCCUGUUUUCUUCUAUGAAAUGAAGGAAAGUGGCAUCUUGACUUGAUGGAAAGUUGGAGCCAGAUAACAAAUUGGAUGUGGAUCAUUUUGAAUGCUGCAUGUCAUGCCAUCAAUCUACCAAAGCAUCUGUGCAUCUGUUCUAUUCUGUACAUUGACAGCUUGUGCUACUAUAAGUAUAGCACCAAAUCCACCAGGUUCAACACCAUUCAUUGGCUCAUUGGAAGCCUUCCAGUGUCCAUUUUUGCGAGGAACUGCCACUGCUUUUGAUUAUAGAGAUGGCUGCAAUUGUUGAAGGUCCUACUCCCAAGUACGAGUGCUUGCUGUUUGAUCUGGAUGAUACCUUGUAUCAUCUUAGUACUGGCAUCAAUCUUGCUUGCCGCAAAAAUAUACAAGAUUACAUGUGUGGCCAUCUGCAAAUUGAAGAAAGCCAAAUUGCAGAAAUGUGUCUGGAACUUUACAGGGAAUAUGGUACCACAAUGGCUGGUCUUAAGGCAUUAGGUUAUGAGUUUGAUAAUGAUGAGUUCCAUGCAAAUGUUCAUGGUAGACUGCCAUAUGACAAUCUGAAGCCUGAUCCUGUUUUGAGGACCCUUCUACUUUCCAUUCCACAGAGAAAAAUAAUAUUCACAAACUCAGACAAGGUUCAUGCGGAGGAGGUUCUGCUCAGGCUGGGUUUGGAGGACUGUUUUGAGGGCGUGAUAUGCUUCGAGACACUGAAUCCACCAGCCGCGCCGAGCAAUGGCCUAUGCCACUCCCAGGAGGAUUAUGUGGCGCUCUCUCGUGAACCAGCUUCCGACUUGGACUAUCUCAAUGGUUCGGAUGUCAUACCUAAAUCCCCCAUCCUCUGCAAACCCACUAUUGAAUCCAUGGAAGCUGCAAUCCGGAUAGCGAAUGUUGAUCCCAGGAAGACGAUAUUCUUUGAUGACAGCACUCGGAACAUCGCUUCAGGAAAGGCCGCAGGAUUCCACACCGUAAUCGUUGGCAGGGCGGAGCUUGUCCCAGGAGCGGAUCACGCCCUAGAGAGCAUCCAUAACAUCAAGGAGGCUUUACCCGAGAUAUGGGAAGGCCAGGAUUGGUCAGCAUGUGAUGCUGAUGCUGCUACUCCUGCUGCUGUCGAAAUGGCCAUUGUUGCUUGAUGUCAUGUUCCAAUUGAUUAUCAUCGGGAAAAUGGAAUGUUUGGGAUAGAGCAUGGUAAAGAUGGGGUGUAAUAUUGGUACUUAUUUGAGUAUAAAGACAUGUGAUAGAAUACGGGUAGAGUAUGCUGAAGAUAUGAUAUGUCCUAUCAACAAAAGUGAAUUUCUCUUUUA